UUUUGAAUCUCUAAAGUUAACAUGAAAGGAAUACAGUAGGAACUAUAUUUUUGCGCUUUAACCGUAGUUAUUUGGCUCUUGUGGAAUCAUGCUUGAUGUUCUUGAAUAACCCACAAACUUAUCAGCAAUAGUUAAAUUCUUUUCACACGAUGUCUUCUUUAGGUUAUAGAAGAUUGCUUGUAACUGCAAGACAAUAUAUUUUGGCACGGAGCUAUGCUAGUCAAAAUUUCCAAACAUAUGAACCUGUGAAUGAACCAUUAUUAGACUAUGCUCCUGGUAGUUCUGAGAGAAAAGAAGUUGAAGAGGCUUUAAAACGAUACAAUCAACAAGUAGCAGAUAUACCAAUAGUCAUUGGAGAUGAAGAAAUUCGAUCUGGCCCAGAAUUAUUUCAAGUCUCGCCCCAUGACCACAACCAUAAAGUAGCUAAAUACAGGUAUGCAACAAAGGAUAUAAUAAAGAAAGGUAUUGAUAGUUGUUUAAAAGCAAGAAAACAGUGGGAAAGAACACCAAUAGAAAAAAGAGCGGACAUAUUUCUUAAGGCGGCUGAUAUGAUGGCUAAAGAGAGAAGAAUGGAUUUAGUUGCUACUACAAUGAUAGGACAGUCAAAGAAUGUAUGGCAAGCUGAAAUAGAUGCUGCUGCAGAGUUGAUUGAUUUUCUGAGAUUUAAUGUUGCAUUUGCAAGGCAAAUGACACAGUACCAACCACUUAGUCCUGACAGUAAUAUAACUAAUAGAUCUGUAUAUAGAGGUUUAGAGGGAUUUUGGGCAGCUAUAACACCAUUUAAUUUUACAGCUAUUGGUGGUCAUUUACCAGCAGCUCCAGCCUUAAUGGGUAAUGUAUCUUUAUGGAAGCCAUCUGAUACAGCUAUGUUGUCUAAUUAUGAAGUUUUUAAAAUUUAUCGAGAAGCUGGUUUACCUGCUGGUGUUAUUAAUUUUGUUCCUGCAGACGGGCCUGUUUUUGGUGAUACAAUUGUUAGUUCACCAGAUUUAGCUGGUGUUAAUUUUACAGGAAGUGUCAAAACUUUUAAAUAUCUGUGGAAACAAAUAGCCAAUAACAUAGAUACUUAUAAAUCUUAUCCUAGAAUAAUUGGAGAAUGUGGAGGAAAAAAUCUCCAUUUUGUGCAUCCAUCGGCUGAUGUUGAGUCUGUUGUUAAUGGAACUAUUAGAGGAGCUUUCGAGUUUAAUGGACAGAAAUGCUCUGCAACUUCAAGAAUGUACGUUCCUGAAUCAUUAUGGCCAGACAUUCGUGAUGGUUUUAUAAAUAUACAUAAAGAAAUUAAAAUGGGUUCACCUUUAGAAAAAGAUUCCUUUGUGACAGCUGUGAUAGAUGAUAAGUCCUUUAAUAGAGUAGAAGAAUAUGUAAAUCAUGCUAAAAAUAACCCAAAUAAUAAAAUAAUAGCCGGUGGUAACUGUAAUAACAGCAAAGGUUAUUUUAUAGAACCAACAAUAAUUGAAACAAAAGAUCCAAAAGAUAGGUUAAUGCAAGAGGAGAUAUUUGGACCAGUACUUACUGUUUAUGUUUAUCCUGAUAAUAAAUGCAUUGAAACUGCAGAACUAGCCAAUCAGACCUCGCCUUUUGCUUUAACGGCAGCUAUCUUUGCAAAGGAUGAAGGUGCACAGAAAGAAUUAGUUGAAUUAUUCCGUGAUAAUGCUGGUAAUUUCUAUAUUAACGAUAAAUCAACAGGUUCAGUUGUAGGACAACAACCAUUUGGUGGAACCAGACUAUCGGGGACAAAUGAAAAAUCUGGUGGCCCACAUUAUUUAAUGAAGUUUGUGUCUGUACAGUCAGUGAAAGAAAAUAAAGCUCCAUUAAGAGAAUGGCGUUAUCCUUCUAUGCAAUUAUAGAUAUCCACAACAGUAUUAAUAUCAUAAGAGUGCUACAGGUCUGACCCAAACUGUCGGGAGUAAGACUAAACAAUAUAUUUUUUGUUAUUUAGAGGUUUUAGAUCUGUUAAUAUGGAGCCUUAAGAUUAUAUGUUUAUUAGGAUUUAAUUUUGUUAACAUUUGAGAGUAUAAAUAAAGGGAGGGGAUAUUCUGGCUGACUUCUGUAUUAUAUCAUAUAUAAUUAAAGAAAGUCAUCAAAACCAGAAAAAAAAGAUAUAAAAUAGAUUCUCCUUUUAUUUAUACGCUAAACUAGACACAUUUUUUUUCUGAAUAUUAAUUUUACUCAUUUAAAUUGAUCUGAGAUUAUUGAAAAUAGAUGAUACGUAUGUGUACAUCUGAUUUUACUGGUUAAAGUUAGAGAUUUUAUUUGAAUGCUUUUUAAAAUUGUCAAGUAGAUAUGACUAUAUAUUAUAUUUUAUCAUGUUGUCUUAUCUAACAGAUCUGUUAUUUUGUUAUAAUUCACUGUUCUCUUCUGUGUGAAAUGUCAUAAUAUUAAUUGAAAACUUAAUUCAUGUAAUCUGAACAUAAAAUUCUAUAUUAAAGCAUUGUAUUUUCUUGUUUGGAAUCAUCCAUUUAAAAAUAUAAUUAAAUAAAAAGAAAUAUUUAUUAUAUCAAAAGAAUACCAGUAAUCAAAACUUAUGAUAAAAUAUUUUAUUGCUUGUUUUAAGAUAAAUUGUUUAUUUUUUGUGAACAUCAUAUCAUUUUAUCUUGUUUUUAUUUUGAUUAGUUGUAGAAUACUGUAAUAUAGUUAUUUAAUUAUGACCCUGUUCCUUGAAUAUCUAACAUCUUUAGAUAUGGAUUUACUCAAUGAUUUAUUGUUUCAUUUGUUAAUUUUUUUUAAAAAAAACCCAGGAUACUGAAAGCAUAUCUACUAUUAUGGAUUUUGUUACUUUUAACAACAAUGAGAUUAGAUUAUUAUUUUCUACACUAGAAAUAUGAGAUUAAAAAUAAUUAUUCAAAAAUGGAUUUGAAAUUAUUUUGACGGUAAAGAGAUGUUUUAAUAUGUUGGCCGUAUUUUUUUAUAUUACUACACAUGUUUAUAGCAGGCAGUACAACUAAGAAUUAAUUGUCUGUGUGUUAGAAAUUUCACAGGCUCUCAGAAUUCUCUGAAAUUUUAUUUGUUGAUUAUUAUGAAACCUGGCAGGUACAGAAAUUAGUUAAAGUUACUGACCCCCGAUCGUGCAUAUUUCAAACAAUAUCUAAUUUUUCUCUGGCUACUCAUUUGAUUAAGAAAAUAAAAACCAAAAUAUCAGUGGUAGAUUAUUCUCCCGGCUUGGAUUCAAUCCGUUUAAAAAAAAAGACCCAUUGAAAGAUUUUACCCAACAGUUUGUGGCUAUCUUGCUAUAUUGUAUGCAGAGAACGCUGAAUUUUUAAAUCUCUAACUUUUAAAAUACUGAACGGAAUUGAACCAUUUUUGGACCCAUAUAACUUUUAAAGAUUCAACUUCCACAAUAUUGUAGUUUGCAAAAAUUUAAAAUCUCAAAUGAUGAUCUAGGGCGGUAACUUACUAUAGGUUGUGACUAUGUUAUGUUGUUAUUUGAUCUGAUUUAUUGUAUUUUUUAAACUUUAAUCUUUGUGCCAUUAAUUAAUAUACAUAUAUUUUAGUUUUUUUUACAUUGUUUAUGGUAUUGGUAGCUGGUAUUUAUUAUAUUGUGUUCCUGUGCGUGUCAAAUGGUCAUUUUAUACAUCUAUAUGUAAGGUAGGAUUAUAUUAUUGCCAUCUGCAUCCGUUGGUCUGUUUUCAAACAUGUUUUGCAAAAUUGCAAAAGAUAAAUUAACAGAGGCAGUUUUCAAAUCUUGGUGAGAUUGUUCAUAGGGGCAUAUUGUUCAUAGGGGAAUAAGGAAGAACCCUGUUAAAUUUAAAAAAUUUUUAGAAUAACAAAUUUGACAGAAUUGUUUUAAAACUUGCUGUUUGGGAUUGGGCUUAGAUUAAGCAUGGCUAACUUUGUUGCUGGUGGGCAUAUAGUGGGUUUGACAAGCCCACUGUUAUUUUAUGCAGUUUAUGAAUAUUUUAUGUAGUUGCUGCUUGAGGGGUAGUGAAGCUUUAGAAAAUAUUAGUUAUCUGAAUGAAGAUAAUCUGGAAAUUUGGAGAAUAGCAGAGUUUCGAUUGUCAUUGCUGUUGUUACAAUAGUAAACAAAGUCUGGAUUAUCCUUUUUCUAAAUUAAAUCAUUAACUGCCAAUCGUGUUUAAAUUCUUUGAAAAUCUUGAGCAUCGAGAGUUGAUUAUGGUCUUGUCAUGUUAUAAUAAAUGUUUAAUUAAUAAUUUAUAUAACAUUCAAGGCCUAAAGAAAGAUCUGCAAUAGGCAGAUUUAGCUCUUGCAUAAUGCAUGUUUAAAGAAAUAUGAAGUAUGAGAUUUAGUGAUUCUUAUUUACCAUUAUUUCUAUAACACUCAGAUCACAAGGGGGUUUGGUCUCAUUAUACUUUCUAAGUCAUUUAUAUUGAUUUAUAGAUAUCAUCAUUAGAUAAUAAAUAACUAUUUUAAACAGA